AUGUCGAGGAGAAAGGUUAGAGAGCCAAAGGAAGAAAAUGUGACUCUGGGUCCAGCUGUUAGAGACGGUGAACAUGCCUUUGGCGUCGCUCGCAUCUUUGCCUCAUUUAAUGAUACCUUCAUCCAUGUCACUGAUUUGUCUGGGAGGGAAACACUUGUCCGCAUCACUGGUGGGAUGAAGGUUAAAGCUGAUAGAGAUGAAUCAUCUCCCUACGCUGCUAUGCUUGCAGCACAAGAUGUUGCUGCCAGAUGCAAGGAGCUGGGAAUAACUGCUCUUCAUAUCAAACUCCGCGCCACUGGUGGGAACAAGACAAAGACACCUGGUCCAGGUGCUCAAUCAGCUCUACGAGCACUUGCUCGUUCGGGGAUGAAAAUUGGUCGUAUAGAUUUAAAUGUUUCAAAGCAACACAUAUACUUGCAUGCUUUUCAACAAGAUUCUUGUCCAAAUAUAUAUCUAUACACACAUGGUAUUCUGCUACGUCUCAUGCGAAACAGAGUUUAUGUAAACAACCACAAAUAG